AUGUCGAACGCAGCCGACAGGCAAGAAGCAAGCACAACAACAGCCACUGCAUCGACUACGUGCGCCACUUGCGGCGAAACAACAGAUUCAACAAUUUCUGCAACCACAGAAGAAAGUACAUCCACAGACCAAAGUACAAUGAUGACCUCUUAUACAACAGAAGCCACAACAACAGGGACAGAUUCAACAAUUUCUGCAACCACGGAAGAAAGCACAUCCACAGAUGAAAUUACAAUGAUGACCUCUUCUACAAUUGAAUCAACAUCAACAUCUGCAGAGACAGAUCCGACAAUCACUGCAACUACAGAAGAAAGCACACCCACAGAACAAAGUACAAUGAUGACCUCUUAUACAACAGAAUCAACAUCAACAGAGACAGAACCAAGCACAACAACUGCCACUGCAUCGACUACAUCCGCCACUAGCAGCGAAACAACAGAUUCAACAAUUUCUGCAACCACAGAAGAAAGUACAUCCACAGACCAAAGUACAACGAUGACCUCUUAUACAACAGAGUCAACAUCAACAGAGACAGAUGAAAGUACAUCCACAGACCAAAGUACAAUGAUGACCUCUUAUACAACAGAAUCAACAUCAACAGUGACAGAUUCAACAUUUUCUGCAACCACGGAAGAAAGCACAUCCACAGAUGAAAUUACAACGAUGACCUCUUCUACAAUUGAAUCAACAUCAACAUCUGCAGAGACAGAUCCGACAAUCACUGCAACUACAGAAGAAAGCACACCCACAGAACAAAGUACAAUGAUGACCUCUUAUACAACAGAAUCAACAUCAACAGAGACAGAUUCAACAAUUUCUGCAACCACAGAAGAAAGUACAUCCACAGACCAAAGUACAACGAUGACCUCUUAUACAACAGAGUCAACAUCAACAGAGACAGAUUCAACAUUUUCUGCAACCACGGAAGAAAGCACAUCCACAGAUGAAAUUACAACGAUGACCUCUUCUACAAUUGAAUCAACAUCAACAUCUGCAGAGACAGAUCCGACAAUCACUGCAACUACAGAAGAAAGCACACCCACAGAACAAAGUACAAUGAUGACCUCUUAUACAACAGAAUCAACAUCAACAGAGACAGAACCAAGCACAACAACUGCCACUGCAUCGACUACAACCGCCACCAGCAGCGAAUCAACAGAUUCAACAAUUUCUGCAACCACAGACCAAAGUACAUCCACAGACCAAAGUACAACGAUGACCUCUUAUACAACAGAGUCAACAUCAACAGAGACAGAACCAAACUCUAAUCGGGCCACAGCAUCGACUACAUCCGCCACGAGCAGUGAAACAACAGAACCAAUCACAACAACUGCCACUGCAUCGACUACAUCCGCCACCAGCAGCGAAACAACAGAACCAAACACAACAACUGCCACUGCAUCGACCACAUCCGCCACCAGCAGCGAAACAACAGAUUCGACAAUUUCUGCAACCACAGAAAAAAGCAUAUCCACAAAACAAAGUACAAUGAUGACCUCUUAUACAACAGAAUCAACAUCAACAGAAACAGAUUCAACAAUAUCUACAUCCACAGAAGAAAGUACAUCCACAGACCAAAGUACAAUGAUGACCACUUAUACAACAGAAUCAACAUCAACAGAGACAGAUCCAACAAUUUCUGCAACCACAGAAGAAAGCACGUCCACAGACCAAAGUACAACGAUGACCUCUUAUACAACAGAAUCAACAUCAACAGAGACAGAACCAAGCACAACAACUGCCACUGCAACGAUUACGUCCGCCACCAGCAGCGAAACAACAGAACCAAGCAUGACAACUGCCACUGCAUCGACUACAUCCGCCACCAGCAGUGAAACAACAGAUUCGACAAUUUCUGCAACCACAGAAGAAAGCACGUCCACAGACCAAAGUACAACGAUGACCUCUUAUACAACAGAAUCAACAUCAACCGAGACAGAACAAAGCACAACAACUGGCACUGCAUCGACUACGUCCACCACCAGCAGCGAAACAACAGAACCAAGCACAACAACUGCCACUGCAUCGACUACGUCCGCCACCAGCAGCGAAACAACAGAGCCAACCACAACUACUACCUCACGUGCAACCACUCUCACCACAAGUAGCAAAACAACAGAGCCAACCACAACUACUGCUGUACUUGCAACAUCUCCCACCACAAGCAGCAAAACACCAGAGCCAACCACAACUACUACUACAACUACAACCACUCCCGCCACAAGCAGCACAACAACAGAGCCAACCACAACUACUACUACACCUACAACAACUCCCACCACAAGCAGCACAACAACAGAGCCAACCACAGCUACUACUACACCUACAACCACUCCCACCACAAGCAGCACAUCAACAGAGCCAACCACAACUACUACUACAACUACAAACACUCCCACCACAAGCAGCACAACAGCAGAGCCAACCACAGCUACUACUACACAUACAACCACUCCCACCACAAGCAGCACAACAACAGAACCAACCACAACUACGACUACAACUACAACCACUCCCACCACAAGCAGCACAUCAACAGAGCCAACCACAGCUACUACUACACCUACCACUCCCACCACAAGCAGCACAACAACAGAGCCAACCACAACUACUACUACAACUACAAACACUCCCACCACAAGCAGCACAACAGCAGAGCCAACCACAACUACUACUACACCUACAACCACUCCCACCACAAGCAGCACAACAACAGAGCCAACCACAACUAUUACUGCACCUAUAACCACUGUCAUGACAAGCAGCAACACAACAGUUUUAGAGGCAUGUCGUAAUGAAGACGAUCCAUGUCAGCAUUUUUGCAGAGAAGAUAGGUUUGGAAACAUCAAAGGCUUUGAAUGUCAAUGUGCCGGCGGCUUUCGAUUAAGUUCCAAUGGUUAUGAUUGCAUAGACAUAGAUGAAUGUUCAUCUAACCCAUGUAUGAAUGGAAUAUGUUCAAAUAUACUAGGAAGUUACCAAUGCGAAUGCCGAAGUGGAUUCACAGGGACGCACUGUGAAAUUGAUAUUGAUAACUGUAUCAGCCAACCAUGUCUGAAUGGAGCGACCUGCAUCGAUCAGCGAGAUGGCAUUCAAUGCAUCUGUUUACCUGGAUAUAACAAUCGAUAUUGUCAAAGUGUAAUUAGUAAAUGUGCUAGCGAUCCAUGCCAAAAUGAUGGUUCCUGCCAGGACCGAUUUAACAACUAUAUAUGCAUAUGUCCUGAUAAUUGGAAAGGUCAAGAUUGCACAACAGAUGUGGAUGAGUGUGCCAUAAAUACUCACAACUGUGAUCGGCGUGCUGGAAUCUGUACAAAUACAUUUGGAUUGUUCAUAUGCUCCUGCAGGGAAGGGUACGAAGGUGAUGGAUUAAUUUGCAGAGAGAAACGACUAUUUGAUUAUGGAACAUCAUUUGGAGAUACAAAAUUCACCAGAAAGGCAUUGGACGUUAAUUCUCCGAUCAUCAACAUCCCAUAUGGCUUUCCGUUUGAUAAUGUCUUUUAUUACAGAUUAUAUUUUUCAGAUAACGGGCUGAUUGUAUUUCAACGCAAGAAUUAUUAUGUACAAUUGAUAUAUUCAUAUCCAUUCAAUGAAUUCAAUCGGUUUUUGCCUAACACGCCAUCAAUGAUUGCGGUAUUCUGGGAUGAUGCUGACUUGAGAAGAGGAACAGGAUGUAUGUACUAUCAGGCAUUUGAUUUUCAAGUCAGGACAGAUAUUCACAGUCGGAAUUUUAAGGAAACACUUAAGACAGUAGUCAAUGAACUUUAUGGAUCAGAACUUGGCAUCUUGAGCUUUGAACCUACAUGGGCACUGAGGAUCACCUGGGAAAAUAUACUUCCGUUCACUGGAUAUACCAAUGAUGACGCUCAAGAGACCAAUACGUACCAAGCAACUUUAGUAACUGAUGGUAUAUUCUCCUUCUGCUUAAUUCAAUUCAAAGAUGGUGGAAUGAACUGGAAAUAUUUAGAAAGACCGAGAGGACAACCUAAUGCCUUGAUGGGAUUUUACAGUGAAACAACAUCCUUAUUUUUUAAUGGCCCGAACACCAGAUCUGGUGCAUUAGUUGAACAAAUCUACCGUCCAGAUCAAUAUCCUGGCCAUAAAACAAAUAAAAAUGGACGCGUAGCCUAUCGUUUAGAAAAAAAUGAUAUCAAUACCAGAAACCCAAGACAAAAAUGUAUUGAUUGGUAUUUACACGAACCUUUCCCAUAUUGGAGCUUCUUCAAUUCGCCUUGUCCCUGUUCAUUUUGGCAAGCUAUUUUUGAUAAUGCCUUUGUAUUUGGAAACUUUAUCCAAUUUUAUGGAUUUGAAGUGAAAAGGCCUCAAGAGAGAUUUAUCACAUUCCAAAGCCGAUUUCCAAGCAGGUUGGGUUCAGGAGUGAGAUGUUACUAUUCCAGAAGUGGAGGUCUAAUCUACGGUCAAAAUGAACGAUUCCUUCCAACACCAUGGACUAGCUACAAUCCAUUUGCUUGGCUCUGGAGAGGAUUCUCAUAUUAUAUUUUCCGAAGGAAUAAUUAUUUCAACAACGUUUUACCAAGGCUGCAAACUACCUACAAAGAAAUGGAAGUUGAUCCAUACCAUGACUGCUGCAGAGACUCUGAUGAUCCUGGGAUCUGUUUUCUUUACCGGCUGGCGAGACCUAGCGACUAUUGCUUUGGAUACAGACCUCCACGGAUAGGUUUCUUAUUCGGAGAUCCUCAUGUGGUGACCCUGGAUGGAACAAAAUACACAUUUAAUGGUCUGGGUGAAUUUGUUAUAUUAAAUGUGAAAGAUGAAAAUAAUACGGUUACGUUCAGUUUACAUGGUCGAACCCUCAGAGCUGGAGAAAAUAGAACAUCAGAGGCUACAAACUUUGUAGCACUGGCAGCACAAGGACCCAGUGGAACAAAGGUUCAGUGGAAUCUCGAGAAUGAAGAUGAACUAACUCUUCUGGUCGAUGGGAAUAUUGUAAAUGUUACAGAAAAUUCUACCUAUGUAAAUCAAGUAACCGUGCAGAGGACAACCAACAAUGAGACAGUUGCCAAUUUUGAGGGUGGAAUAUCUCUCACAGUUUCAGGAAAAUUGGGAGCUUUGACUUUCACUACUUCAAUUGAUAAUGCUUUCAAAAAUAAGACAGAGGGACUCUUGGGAGUCUGGAAUGAUGAUAAAACAGAUGAUUUUAAAGCUGUUGAUGGACGAUACCUUGAAUAUAAUGGAAUUAAAUUGCCCAAUGACACUCAGAUUUUCUUUGACUUUGGCCUUACAUGGAAAACAACAGCGAAUGACAGUGUAUUUACAUAUAACACAACUGCUGGAGAGACUUGGUACACUUACAACAACAACAGUUUUGUGCCUAAAUUUUAUGAUGAGCUUUUGCAAACCACGGACAAAGAAAAAAUCGACAAAGCUAAUGAAACCUGCCAAGGAAGUGAUGAUUGCAUUUUUGAUAUUUUGAGUACAAAUGAUUUUUCCUUUGGAGCAGCAACAUUACAAAGCGUGAAUACGUUUGCAGCACAGAACAGCACCAUGAAUAAUUUCCCUCCUAACAUCACUGGAGAAUCAUCCCUUCAGACUCGUCUCAAUGAACCAGUUUUCAUUCUUUUUACUGCUACUGAUGCCAACAAUGAUGAUGUGACAUUUGUAGUCUUGACUAAUUCAUCAGAUAUCACAAUGACAAAAAAUGGGAACUUUUCUUGGCAUCCAACAAGCUCCACUCCAGUGUUUGCCAUAAUACAAGCUAAUGAUUCAAAGGUCACUUCUGAGCUGGGAUUGACACUGACAAUAUGCAACUGCAGCAUCAAUUCAACCUGUGAUUAUUCCAGAUCAGUUAUCAGCAUGGAAUCAGAUAAUGCCAUGUUUGUGGUUGCAGCAUGUAACUGUACUCCUGCAUAUAUUGGUGAUUAUUGCACUGAAGAUUUUGAUGCCUGUCAAGACAACCAAUGUUUCUUAAAUGAUACCUGCAAAGAUCAACCUGCACCUCUCGAGGGUUAUACCUGUGGUCCAUGUCCCACCAAUUUAAUAGGAGAUGGAGAGAAAUGUUAUGAUUUUGAUGAAUGUCAGAAUGAAACGGACUCUUGCAAGCAGAUCUGUACCAAUGUGUUGGGAAGUUACAUCUGCAGCUGUAAUGAAGGUUAUGCGAUAAAUGAAACAAACAGUUCCUUGUGUGAUGACAUUGAUGAAUGUCGUAAUACAUCUAGUUGUCCCCAAAAUGCAAAAUGCAUCAAUUCAAAUGGAGGUUACUCCUGUAUGUGCAAGGAAGGAUAUACUGGGAAGCCAGACAGUUUCUGCAUUGAUGUGAAUGAAUGCUCUACUGAGUGUUCCGGAAAUAAUUCUAUCUGUACAAAUACUGAAGGCUCUUUUGUCUGUACAUGUAGAACAGGAUAUGAAGGAUCCAACUGUACAGAUAUUAAUGAAUGCGCAAGCGAUCUGGACAAUUGUGUUUUGAAUUCUAAGUGCUUCAAUACGGAUGGCUCAUACACAUGUAAAUGUAAUCGUGGAUAUGAAGGUUCAAACUGCACCGACAUUGAUGAAUGUAGCAGAUUUAUGGAGAACUGUCAUAGGAGGGCUGACUGUCAGAAUAUACCUGGUUCAUUCAACUGCUCCUGCAGGUCUGGAUUCAAAGGAAAUGGGACAUUCUGUGAAGAGAUUACCUCCACUACCAAUACAACAGCAAGUCCGUCGAAUGGAGCAUUGAAUCAAACAAGUACUCCCACUGUUGCCUUGGCUCCAUCAAGCACCUCGACAACUACUUCAAAACUCACCAAUACCACUGCUGUUACUUCUGCACCACCAAGGACCACCACAACUACCUCAUUACCCACCAAUACCACUGCUGCUGCCUCAGCACCAUCCAACAUCACCACAACAACUUCAAAAACCACCAAUACCACUGCUACUAUGUCAGCACAAGCAAGGACCACUACAACUACUUCAGUACCCAUAGAUACCACUGUUAAUACAUCAGCACAAGCCAGGACCACCACAACUACCUCAUUACCCACCAAUACCACUGCUGUUACCUCAGCACCAUCCAACAUCACUACAACUACUUCAAAAACCACUGAUACCAAUAUUAAUACAUCAGCACAAGCAAGCAUCACUACAACUACCUCAGUACCCAUAGAUACCACUGUUAAUACAUCAGCACAAGCCAGGACCACCACAACUACCUCAGUACCCACCAAUACCACUGCUGUUACUUCUGCACCAGCAAGGACCACCACAACUAACUCAUUACCCACCAAUACCACUGCUGCUGCCUCAGCACCAUCCAACGCCAUCACAACUACUUCAAAACCAACCAAUACCACUGCUGCUGACUCGGCACCAUCCAGCACCACUGUAACUGCCUCAGCAAGCACCAAUACCAUUAUUAAUACAUCGGCACAAGCAAGGACCACCACAACUACUUCAGAGCCCACCAAUACCACUGCUGGUGAUUCAGCACCAUCCAACACGAACACAACUACCUCAGUAUCCACCAAUACCACAGCUAUUACCUCAUUAUCGACAAGCUCCACUACGACAACUACAACAGUCGUGCCAACACCAUCUGCUAAUAGAGCUCUUCCUGACAGAAGAGUCAAUAUUACAUUGCCUGUAAUCAGCAGUAAUAGGAGUUCAAAUAUUUCAGGUCAGGUUCAUGAAAAGAUCUAUGAAAAGGCAAAAAAAGUGAGAUACUUUAAGAAUGCUACGGAACCUCUAAUAUGGAUACGGGACGGAAAUCUGGUUACUUCUACAGAGCUUCUAUUUGAAUACACUGCAAUGCUCACUGUAAUUAAUUUUCUAAAUAUUGAAUUACAUCCUGCAAUUCUGAAUGCUUUCAACACUGCCACACGUGCCCAGCGUGCCGUGAUACCUGUUGACAUUGGAAUUUUGAAUAGCGCUGAUAUUCAAGAUAUAACUAUAUUAUCGAACGAACAGUUAUUGGGUUACUUUAGCUGCAACGACUCUAUAUAUGCUGGUUAUGUGGUUGAGUGGGAUGAGCAAAAUGGAGUCGUUUGCCGUUCACCCUGUGACAUGAAUUACUGUAUGAAUCAAGCAGAGUGCCAGCAUCUGCUGACUGGACCUUCGUGCAAAUGCGUUCCACACUCAAUAUAUUCUAGCUUCGGUGACCGCUGCGAACAUCUAUCAAUGAAUCUCAGAGCAUUUUUUGGCAUUUUGUUUGGAGCUUUAGCAUUCUUGUUGUUACUGCUGUUAGCCAUAUUUUUAAUUGUGUGGAAGUGCAAAUCAAAUGGACGGAACAGAUUGAUAAAUGACACAAACAGCAUUGGAGAUGUGGAUCGGCAAAUAUUUUCUUGGCAAACUAGUCCAUUUUCUUCUAAAAUAAAAGAUACAAGCAUCUUGCCUACUUUGAAUGAAAAUAAUCUGUCAUCUUUGGCCUGGAAACCACAUCUUGCAAAUGUCAACACUGCAGCACAGAUUAAAAUUGAAAGACCAUUCGUGAGAAGGAACGGCGAUGAGUCCAAUAUACCAUAAAUCCACCAACCUGCCUUUUGAGAACUUCAUUGAUGCUCUGUUUUGUGCAACAAGUGACCUUUCAAUUCCACCGUGAAACCAUCACAGGGAUCUGAGUUCAUCAAAUACAUGUACUUCAAUAUAUUUGAAAUUAUCUAUGCUUUAAAUCAACAUUAUUUUCUAGUCUUGUUUUAAACUACUGACACCGAUGUUCAAAUGAGUAAUUAUUAUUUUUGGAAUUGUUAUGUUUUGAUUCGUAUAAAGACUAGUUUUAUUCCUGCCUUCUAUCCAUACCGGCACCUUAUUACUUAUAGUCAUGAUCAUUAAUUACUUUGUAAAAGUUGCAAAGAAAUGUUUUUGGGAAACUAAAUGGAUAAACUUUAAUGCUGCACACAGCGCUGAUAAUGUAGCUCAAUCCCUCAACAUUUGUUUUAACUAUUGAAAUGUACAAAUAUAAUUAAAAGCACAUAAUUGUAUGUGUUUUAGAGCAUUUUAAUAUAUAUAUAUUGAUAUAUUGAUAUAUUUUAUAUGAAUAACUGGAUUUUUUUUUGCAUGGAAUGUUACUAUUUUACAAUCUGAUUUCUGGGAUAAAAUGUAAUUUGUGUGUGAAUGUUAUACUUAAUUUUUGUGAAGGUUGACAGAGUUUGCACUAGAAAUUCACCUGCAUUUUUAAAUGCGUUAAUCAAUUUAAAGAAAAUAGUUCAAAAUUUCUGUUCCAAAUAUUACAUUUUGAAACAUUCAAAUAAAGAAAACAACUGAUUAAAUUAGUGAAGAAUUUCUAU